GUGAUUCGACGGGUCGCGCUGCAUGCUCACGAUCUGAUCGAAUUGCGGGUCGCCUGCGUUGGGAAUGUCGAUUCAGGAAAAAGCACCACCCUCGGUGUUCUGACUAAAGGUCGUUUAGACGACGGAAGAGGCAAGGCUCGAGUGUCGCUCUUUCGUCACAAGCACGAGCUGGAAUCAGGCCGAACCUCGUCCGUAGGAAUGGAGAUCAUGGGAUUUGACGCGAAAGGUGAAGAAGUGCUUCCUGAGGGAGCAAUGGCUGCGCUAGCAGACAGGACCGCUGCUACCAACAACGCACAUCCUGUAGGGUUGAGGAAGCAGCAACUCAGCUGGGAUGAAAUCUGCCGGCGAGCUGCGAAAGUGGUCAGCUUCAUUGACCUUGCUGGUCAUGAACGGUAUCUUAAAACUACAAUAUUUGGACUGACAGGAUGUGCCCCAGAUUUUGUCCUCUUGAUCAUUGGUGCGAAUGCUGGAUUGAUCGGAAUGUCUAAAGAACAUCUCUCAGUAGCCCUAGCCCUUUCUGUGCCAGUAGUAGCGAUUGUGACAAAAGUCGAUAUGACGCCUGCCAAUGUAUUGGACCAGACGCUCAAGCAGCUAGUCAAGAUCCUCAAGAGCCCUGGCUGCAGAAAAGUCCCAGUGUUUGUUAAAAAUGAUGGGAUGGCAUGUGAGGUAUCUCAACGAUUCAUUCAAGAGAGGGUAUGUCCUAUCUUCAUGAUCAGCAAUGUAACAGGAGAGGGCUUAGGUCCGCUAAAAUCAUUUCUCAACACGCUUCCAUCAGGCGUGGAAGGACAAUAUCCUAUUCAUGAGUCGCUAGAGUUUUCCAUAUCUGAUGUCUUCUCAGUUCCAUUCGUGGGUACCGUGGUAUCAGGUGUGAUACUGUCGGGCAAGAUGGCAGUUGGAGAUGAAGUACUUCUAGGUCCAGAUUCUUUAGGACACUUCGCCUUGACCACGAUCAAAUCCAUGCAACGGAAGCGAGUGAAUGUUGAACACGCCAUUGCAGGACAGAGUGUAAGCAUAAGCCUCAAACGGAUUAAGCGAAGUGGAGUACGCAAGGGAAUGGUUAUUUUAAGCAAGACGCUUGAACCUCCUCCACGAGCAGUGAAGAAGUUUGAGGGCCAGAUAUUGAUCUUAUAUCACAACAGCACGAUUCAGCCAAACUAUCAAGCUAUGCUACACGUUGGUAGCGUCAGACAGACAGUAAGAAUCCUUGACAUCGAAAAGAGUAAGGUCUUAAGAACUGGUGACCGGGCUCAAGUCAGUUUUGAAUUCAUGAACAAUCCCGAGUUUGUGAAGAAAGGACAAAAACUUUUGUUUCGCGAGGGUAAGACUAAAGCCUUAGGUGUGAUCACGAGCGUUUCUGGUUGA